GCACGGUGACUGAUAGUGGGUUAUUCUAAUUUAAGAAAAGGUAGGGUCAUCAGUAACUUUGUGAGGUUAUCUUCCUACGGUUCAUUGAUGAGUUCAACUCGAAGGACUGGAAAGAAGGAUGGAAUUAGAUUCAGACAGAGAGCGACGAGGAGAUCCACGGAGGAUCUUCUGUGCAACGGCGAUGGGUCCUCGAAAAAGAGACGCACAAUUUUAAAUGGAACUUAUUAUUUAUUUUUUAUAAUUACGUUCUACGUUGGAGUUUCGUUGACAGUUAUCGUCAUGGAAAAGAACCUGCCCGAACCACAGCUCCUCGAUUCGGAAGUUCCAGGAAGAUUUAACGCGGAAAGAGCUCGGAAUCAUAUCGUGAAUCUUACUUCUAUCGGGCCACGAGUCUGCGGAAGCUACGAAAAUGAAGUGUUGGCAGUGAAAUUCCUAAAGGCAGCUAUAAAAGACAUCGUUAAAGGAGCUAGUGAGAAUCAUAAAAUUGCAGUUGAGGUCACAAAACAUAGCGGAUCUUUUCCACUGACAUUUUUGGAUGGCUUGACGAGUGUAUACAGGAAUAUACAGAAUGUCGUCGUUAAGUUGGGGCCCCAUAAUCCGUCGAGAUACAGUUUGCUUUUAAAUUGUCAUUUCGAUACUUUCCCUGAAAGCCCUGGUGGUUCGGAUGAUGCAGCUGGUUGUGCCGUAAUGUUGGAAGUAUUACGAGUACUGGCUCAUAGCCCAAAGUAUUUGAGGCAUAAUGUUAUAUUUCUAUUCAAUGGUGCCGAAGAAAAUCUACUUCAAGCAUCUCAUGGUUUUAUUACGCAACAUCAUUGGGCAAAGGAAGUUAAAGCAUUCAUCAAUUUAGAGGCAUGUGGGGCCGGAGGUCGUGAAUUAAUGUUUCAAGCAGGACCGGAUGAUUCUUGGAUCGUUGAGGUAUAUGCAAAAUCAGUACCAUAUCCUUAUGCCUCGUCAUUGGCUCAAGAAAUAUUUCAAAGUGGAAUCGUGCCUGGAGAAACUGAUUUUCGCAUUUUCAGAGACUUUGGAAAAGUUUCAGGCCUUGAUUUUGCUUGGUCGACAAAUGGCUACGUGUACCAUACACGAUUUGACAAAGUUGACCAAAUACCAUUGGGCUCAUUGCAAAGAUCCGGAGAUAAUAUUUUGGCUUUGGUUCGAGGAAUAAUAUCUGGACAUUAUUUAUCUGACUCCGGCAGUCAAUAUCCAGAUGGAAGUCUUGUAUUUUUUGACUUUUUGGGAGCCUUUGUUAUUCGCUGGCCUCAGUAUAUGGCAAGUGCUGUCAAUCUCACUGGAAUCUUCUUAGGAAUAUAUUCUAUUUACUUGAAUAUGCAAAGCGCACGAAGGGAUAUCAAAACACAAACUUAUAUGAAGCAACUAAUGUCCUGCGUUGUAAUUGUCAUCGUUUCAUGGAUCAUUUCGAUGUCCUCUGUUACAUUAAUUGCUUUAAUCUUGACGAAACUUGGAAGAGUAAUGAGCUGGUAUGCCAGACCUGCGUGGUUAUUCUUUCUCUACGUUUGCCCAACUGUCUUUGUGUCAAUGAUCUUUUUCAUGUACAUUGCAUCUCAUCAAAAACGGGUUGUUACGUCGGCAUGGACUUUGUAUCAACUGUACUGCGAUGCUUACAGCGUGAUUUGGAUGAUAAUUUUAUUCAUUUGCGUCUUGCUGAAAAUUCGAUCUGGAUUUAUUCCCCUGCAUUGGGUAUUGUUUUCAGCUGUUGGGAACAUUUUACGCCAAAACUUCUUCAACUAUUUAAAAGAUUGGAAAUGGCUGUGUUACCAGCUGGGAACAUUAACAUUGCCGUAUGUCCAAUCUUUUUACUUAGCUAUCGGUGCCCUUUAUUUAUUUACUCCAAUAAUGGGUAGAGCAGGGGCAGGAAUUAAUUCUGAAGUUGUCAUGGCAAACAUGUUGGCGAUACUAUUUUGUCUAUUGCUCAGUUUCACGUUGCCAAUUGUUCUAUUAAUUAAAAAUGCAGACAGGGUAAUGAGUGUCUUGAUUGGAACAUUCUUAUUUGCCACUGGUAUACUGAUAUUAACACCCCUUGGAUUUCCAUACAGUGGCGAUCCUUUGGCGCCAGCUCCUGAACGUUUCAUGAUUGCGCAUGCUCAACGACAGUUUUACCAAGCUAAUGGUACACUUCGACAUUCGACAACUGGGUUUUGGGUUGUCGAUUUGGAUAUGAAUAGUCCGCAAAGUGUAGAGGCAAUGGUACCUGAGAUGGGAGCAGCCAUACCAACUAUUAAGGAUUGUGAAAAUGAGUUAUACUGCGGCUUACCAUAUUUGAUGCCUGUCACGACUUUUCUAUGGAAAACUAGUUGGAUUCCUGGACCAGCGCCACUGAUAAAGAUUCCCACGGAACUUAAUUUGAUAUCAAAAAUAUCGAAAGGAACCACUGUUAAUUUAACAUUCAAUGUGACAGGCCCAGAUCAUAUAGGAAUAAUAAUGUCGCCGUAUGAAGGAGUUCACCUACAAAAAUGGAGCAUCUUAGAGGGACAACCUUUGCAAGGUCCUAAGUGGAAAAACAGGGAAACGUAUUUCGUCUACUAUUCCUGUGCAUCCAAUUGUGAGCCGUACAGCUUCUCUCUAGAGCUAAUUACACCGUCGGGACACAGAGGUCCCUGUUUAUCGAUUGCCCUUGCCGGCCACUUUUUACACGGAGAAAAUCAAAAGUCGUUACGAUUUAAAAGAUUUCUAUCACAAUUUCCUUCGUGGACAAUAGUAACGCCUUGGACAGCGUCGUACACGUUGUGGGAAUUUUAAAUGUUUAAAAAAAGAAAUCGGAACAACGGACGUUACUGCAUGGACUACAGAGCCAAACUGUAUAAUAGAUCCAGCUGAGUAUUUCUCAAGAAACUCCUGGGAUUGAACUGCUGAAGCGGAACGUUUUGCGUUAUCUCGUUAAACGCAUCACAAUAAGCUCAAUAUUAAUAUUGAGAAGAUAAAGAGAUACGAGGAAGUAUUUAUAGGAAAAUCUAUAUCAAUUUCUUGACGCCACAAUGCGAUUUGUUGGCGAUAGCAAUUUAGCAUCUUAACAAUUGUACGAACUGCACGGAUCUAUCCAGCGGAAAGAAAAUUUGGGACCGUUGUUAUCCCUCUGCAUUACCAUUUGAAUAUUUAAACCUCAAUAGGACAAUAGUAACGUUAAUAUCUUUCGACUUUUCGGCUACAGUAUCUCCGCAUGGUAUAACAUAUCAAGGUUACUCCGAGGUAUAAAGAGGCCAUACAUCCAGUUAUUCCGCAUGCCUAAGUCAGUGAUAGAAAAGACACCAAUUAUUGUCGUAGAAUAAUUUCUCUAGAUUAGAUAGUCAAAGGAAGACUUUUUUUUUUCCUCCGUAAAUAGGAUAUUACGACGACAAAGUCUCACAAUAAUGUACCCACGUUACGUGCCAUUUGUAAAAAUCUGUCUCCUUCGACAGCAGGUUGGUAAAACCAUUCCCAAGUUAGCAUCCCUCAGUCGAGUUUAAUUUACACGUUCGGAAGGAAUUAAUUACCCUUUGGUACAACGCAAUGGCGAGACUUUGAUCUAUUUCAUAACGAGGUUGUGAUCGUUGUUCCACCCACAUAAGGGGCGAUAUUAUCGUAAUGGCUAUGCGAACGUUAGGAUUCGUGAAAUUACCCGGCUUCGGGUUAGUGUACUUUCGAUCGACAAGCUUUAUUCGGCUUGUAGAUAAAAGACAGGGUCAAGAAGACUGCAUGGCAGUUAGAUGAGGAAUUUUGCCUACAACGUUCGAUCGUUCGAAUCCCGAGUUAGAAGAAAUUUAAGGAAGAUCGUGUUAAGUAUACCUUUAAAUACUUGAUAAUAAGUUUCGAUAUUAGUCAAGCGGGUACUCGGACGGCUCGGAGCGUUUUUCGAGAUCCUGGAUGAGCUCAGAAUCAUUCUUAAUAAAAUUGUAAAGCAACGUUUUCUCGUCGUCGUCGCAUAGCGCCGAUACAUCUCUAGGAUAAACGUCGAUCGUAAAGUCGAGCAGUGCUCCGAUUGUACAUACAUUUCUUUUUAAAUCUCUCGAUAAGGGGAGAUGAAAAAACCCGCGGUGCUCGUUACUUUCGGAUAGAAAGCGCAUAGAGCUACGGAAACAUUUUAGGAUUAGGAUAUCCGCGGGAGGCGGAUUUUUUUAUGCGUCUUCUGGCCAAACGAAGGUGCCCGAAAAUGUAAGCGUCGACGAGUGUAAACGAUAAUUAACAUAGAGCUUCUAGGGUUCGUUUACGAACAGAGAGAAAUAAUGCAUUUACCUCGAACGUUACCGGUGCGCGCCGUACGUAACUCGGACUUGGCGUCGAUACGUUCUCUAGGAUAAAACAAAGUGCAAUUUACUCGUUACGUCUCGCACAAGGCCGAUGCCAGGAUUAGCGCGUAUUUUUUACAACUCCCGAGGGAUCUCGCGAAGGAGUCGAUGAAAUUUCUUUCGAUUAACGGUCUCAUUGGCGAGGUUGUGAUCGUCGUUAGCGCGAAGUCCCGUCUCUCGUUAAAGCGAACCCGUAGGGAUUUUGUUUUCCUUUCGAGGACGGUUGUUGAAUAGUCGUAGGUACCUUGUAUAACGCAAGAUGAAAUAAAGUUAGGACCGAUUGGGAAAAGUCUC